UUGUGCGGACGCUGCUCUGACUUCGCAGCGCAUGCGGGAUCUCAUUGAAAACGUUGAACCCCGUGCACAAUUUGUCAACUUGUAUCGGACACAAUCCAGUUGCAGUAUCCUCACCUUUAAUUCACGGUUCGUCAUUCUUUCCCCACGAAGAACAUCCUUUUGAAGGUUGCACAAGGGUUUGGAGUUGAAUGUGACGUCUCAAAACAUCUGCAGUGACGACUCAAAACAUCUGCAGGAGCUCUUGAGUAUGGCAUUAGCUGGAUGCCCAGACUAUUUUCUCCACCAUCCAAACUAUCAGGAUAAUGUUGACCGCACCCCUUCUCACAGACCGUCCAAUCUCAUUGGGUCACGGUUCCAACAGUCGUCCAGUCGGAAUUCUCCUAAUCACCCAGAUGAUGAUGUAGAUCUGGAGGCCCUGGUGAAUGACAUGGCCUCUCUUUCAUCCUAUGAUAGCACAUACGCAACCUGUGGGACCCUGCAUUCAGACUCCGCCCCCCUCCUGCACAGAAGCGAUGGCAGUGAGCUCCAUGGCAACAGGGUGGCCCCGCUGCUUCGGGCCCCUGGUAAUAAAGGGACCAUCCCACACCUCCCUUCUCAAAGGCUCCGGCGAUCACAGCCAGUGCACAUACAGGCUGUCAGGCGUCUUCAAGAGGAAGCGUCACUGGUUCGUCCUGCUUCUUUGCCAGCUAUUCCGAACCCUUUCCCUGAGCUCUGCAGCCCCUCAGGAUCUCCUGUGCUGAGCCCUGGAUCUCUGCCACAGCCUUCAGAGUCGCAUAUCAUCAAGGUUUACAGCGAGGAUGGUGUGGGAAAAGUUGUGGAGGUUCCCGCCAACAUGACAGCCAGAGACGUGUGCCAGUUCCUGGUCUACAAGAACCACUGCCUGGAUGACAACUGCUGGUCCUUAGUGGAGCAUCAUGCCGCGCUCGGUUUGGAGAGGUGUCUGGAGGACCAUGAACAGGUGGUCCAGGUCCAAGCCUGCAUGUCCCCAGAGAGCAAGUUCCUCUUCAGGAAGAAUUACGCCAAGUACGAGUUCUUCAGAAACCCACUGAACUUCUUUCCGGAGCAGAUGGUAGCGUGGUGUCAGGAAUCGAACGGCUCUGUUCGGAAGUCCCAGCUGCUACAGAAUUUCUUGAAUUCCAGCAGCUGUCCUGAGAUCCAGGGUUUCCUUUAUAUGAAAGAGACGGGACGCAAGUCUUGGAAAAAACUCAACAUGUUCUUGCGCCGCUCUGGGCUGUACUACUCAACCAAAGGAAUGUCGAAGGAGCCGAGGCACUUGCAGGUUCUGUCGGACCUGGAGGAAAGCAACAUUUUCACAGUGACAACUGGGAAAAAGAUGCACAAUGCGCCCACAGACUACCAGUUCUGCAUUAAGCCCAGUAAGGGCAGGACAGAGCAGAAGGAGCUAAAGAUGUUGUGUGCCGAGGAUGAACAGAGCAGAACGUGCUGGAUGACGGCAUUCAGACUCUUAAAGUUUGGAAUUCAACUAUAUCAAAACUACAAGACUCCUCAGCAGAGAAAGUCUGACAUCUCAAACUUCACUACACCUGUGCGGAGUGUCUCUGAGAAUUCGCUGGUUGCGAUGGAUUUCUCAGGCAGAACGGGUCGUGUGAUUGACAACCCUGUGGAGGCUCAGAGCGCUGCCAUGGAGGAGGGAAAUACCUGGAGAAAGCGGAGUCAGAGAAUGAAUUUGCUGGGAAGCCCUAGUCCCCUACAUCCCUCUCCGUUGAGUUCAGUCAUCCACAGGACACAGUUAUGGUUUCAUGGCCGUAUACAGAGGGAAGAGUCUCACAAGAUGAUAUUGCAGCAGGGUCAAGUGGAUGGGUUAUUCCUAUUGAGGGACAGCCAGAGCAACCCGAAAGCAUUUGUUCUCACGCUGUGCCAUCAUCAAAAGAUUAAACACUUCCAGAUUUUACCUUUCGAGGAGGACGGGCAGGUCUUCUUUAGUCUUGAUGAUGGCUCCACCAAGUUCACAGACCUGAUCCAUCUGGUAGAAUUCUACCAGCUCAACAGGGGCGUCCUGCCGUGUAAACUGAAGCACCCCUGCACCAUGGUGGCCUUAUGACCCCCUCUUCCCUGCUCCAUACAAAUGAUAUACACACGCUGACAAACUGGAUUUUUGGUUCUUUUUUUAAUUUCCAGUAAUUUUUUACAAGCUGAAACAAUCCAGGGGCAUAUAGAAAGAUUUACUCUCCGCUCUGGGAUUAACAUGGAAGCACUCGAUGAAUCUUCCUGGACGCCCUGUUUUUGAUAAGGAAGCCACUUUUUUUAACCGAUGUCUGUGGUGAUGACCAGUGACUCUUAUUUUGUCAUAGCUUAGGACACGACAGGAGACUCAACAUCCACCCCCUCCAUGCUCCAUGUAAACUAAUGAGAUCAGGACAGUUUUUUUCUUUGUAUGGUGUCUGCAAAGUCUUUGCAAAAAUUACUUGAUGACGAUUGAUAUGUAUUAUGUUAUUUCUUACCUGAAUAUUUUGCACUCUCGAGCUGAAAACAGGUGAUCCGCUUCAUCCUGAGCAAACAGCAACUGUUACCCACUUGCCUUCCUCCAACAUUUCUGUUCUUGUUUCAUUUAUUUUUUAAUCACAUGCGCUUUUCCUGGGGAUUUCCUGUAUAGUGGAUUAGAUACAGAGGCAGUGACAGUUUGACUGUUUGAGGUCUAACUUUACGUCGUAAAUGAAAAUCGAAAAACAUGCAUGCUUCACGAUGUGUUUAACAGGGAGGAAACAACUGCAAGGGGUAGCAAAUUUGCACUUCGAUGAAUUAUACUUGAUUGCUAUGCUUUACCAGCAUAAUCGAUAGUUACGUUAGGAAUUUUACUUAAGCAUUGUCUUCAAGUUGUUGAACAUAAGCACCUUUGACAAUAUCUGCUGCAUUCUGUUCACAACGACAGAAAAUGUACGACUUGUCCCACUUUUUGUGGGAAAAAACAAAUAUGUUGACGCUUUUAAUAUUUUGUUUAUACAUUCAGUAUUUGACCGUUUUAAUAAACAGCAUGACAGAUUCUGUCAGUAGUGCUUAUGUUGUACCCAGCCAGAACAUAGAAACGUCAUCUUAAAGGGAUAGUUCACCCAAAAAUAAUCAUUCUGUCAUCAUUUAUCACCUCCUGUCAUUCAAAACCUAUAUAUGACUCUUUUGUUCUGUGGCACACAAAAAUAUACGAUGGAAGUAAAUGGUGUCCGAUGUUGUUUGGUAAUUUGUUAUUUCAAAACCUCUGAUUUUGUGUUUUUUAGAAGAAAGUCAUACAGGUUUGGAAUAAUAGGAAGGGUGAGUAAUUGAUGACAAAUUCAAGUUUUUGGCUGAACUGUCCCUUUAAGACCCAGGACCAGUUCAUUCUCAUCCUUGCAAAUGAUACAAUAGGCACUAUGUGAUCCAGAUCAUCUGGAUUAAGUCUGUGGCCUGUUUGAGUCUUGGCCACUGAAUUGGCAUUUUCACUGUCAGGAGGCAAAUUUUAUUGCGGUAACAAUACAAAUCUAUUAACAUUAGUUAAUGCAAUAAAAUAAAGUAAAGUAGCAAAACAAAUUUUUACAGAAUUUUAGUAUUUUCUACAAUCUGCAAUUUUUACAUUUCAAGUAGACUUGGUUCCUGUAUUAAGGAGCAACAUACAUGAACAAUAAACAAUAGGAAUGAAUACAAUUAACCUUAACCUAGAUUAACAAUAAAGACAAAUUUUUGUUUACAGAAUUUAUUAGUUUAUGAUACCUAAUGCAUUAACUAAUGUUAAUACAUCUAAUCUUAUUUUAAUACGUUGCCUACAUGGUUUUAUUCUGCUCCCUGCGCUGAAGUUCAGAGACAUUGAAAUGUGUCUAGGCCCUAAAGGUCCUCUUAAACAUGACCCCUUUAAUGUAGCGUAGCCCACCCCGAGCACAAGUCAUGAGGGUCAUAAUGUUUUCUCUAUCUUCCAGGUCAUUAAUUUUAAUUUAACUUAGUUAAGUAACCCAAAGCUUAAUAACUGCCUUUCAAAUUAAUGUGCUGUUCUUGAGCCAUGUUUUAAAAUCUUUAAAGUGACAGGCCGGGACAGAUCAAGAGUCUGUAGGGACGAAUGCUCAUACUCCGUAACAAAGAGACAGAGUUGCAAAGUCACGUCUCGUGGGCGUGUCUAUAAUCCUCUAGAGCCCAGUGACAUAAUGUGGCGAGGAGAUUAGCUCUCGUGCCAGCUUUGCGACACAAAAGGUUAGCUGGUGUACAGUUUCUUAGAUAGUUGUGCCUACAGCGAUUUUUGUUCUGUUCUUGACGUCCACAUUGUUACCCUUUCAACACUGGCCCAGCAAGACUAAGCUAUGUCAACCUCUCAUGUUUUUUUAAUGCUUACUCCGACCAGCCGACUGUUAUACUGCUGAGCUAAAACCACACACGCCUGAAGGACGAGAGUGUGUAUGAUCCACACUGUGAUUGUGAAACACUUUAUGAUACCACACAAGCACCUUUGUUUUUUUAUCGCGUAAGAGUCACGCUGUGUUGAACUUAAGUGAACGCUCCGAGCACAUUUCUCAUCUCAGUGGUUAGAUUCUGGUGUUAGCUACUUGUCUCUGUCAGUCAAGGCCUUGGCGUGAAGGGACGGUUCACCCAAAAAUUAAAAUAUAUGUAAUUUACCCGCCCUUAUUUUGUUAUGAAACCUGGGUUUGGUUUUUUUCAUUGAGCACAAAAGACACCAUUGGGCACCAUUCACUUUAAUAAUAUAAAAACAUACGCUUUUGCUAAAUUUAGUCUUUUGUUCCACAGAAAAAAAAGUUUAAAACAGUGUGAAGGGGGGAAAACGUGAUGACAAUUUUCUUUUGAUUUUGGGGUGAACUGUCCUUGAAGUUCAAGCAAGUUGAACUUGCUUAGUGUCUUUGUCUUGUUUGGCAGUACAAAUAUCUAAAAACUCUAAAAUCAAGAUUAUUGCUUGACAUGAAAAGUGACAUGUUUACUCAAUAAAAUAGUGUUUUAUAAAAUCGAGUGUUUAUGCUUAAAACAAGCAAAAUAUCUAAAAGUGAUUGAAGAAAAAACAACUUAAGUAUUUGUCUUGCAUUUACUGGCAGAAAUGUUUGCUUGUUUUAAACUUCUUAUAUUUUUUUCAUUUUCCUAGUGAAGUAAACUCAUCUUGAUUUGUGCUAAUCUUUAGAUUUUUGUACUGCAAAACAAGACAAAAAUACAGAGGAAGAAGCUACUUGCAGUAACCAACUAUCAUCUUUAUUCUAAAGCUCAUGUAGAGUCAGGCGUUCAAAGAUGUGGUCGAUGGAAGCCUCCAAAACAUGUUUAGUACAAUAUGGUUUCACUAUUAAUCGUUUUGUUUAUCAAUUACAAUAAUCACAGUUUUAUCCUGCAUGAAUUAGACAAGGACACCUGGACACAAACUAUAUUCUAACUGGAAUACACAUGGGCAAAAUCUGAGUCGUGCAAGGUGUAUGUUUGGGUGAUGCUUUCUUUUGUUAACCUUUGCUGGUAUAUGGAUCUUCAAUUUGUAAUGUCAAACAUGCAUGAGAAAUAUUAACUCGCCUCUUUUUCUCUACUGUAAAGAAAGACUUUAGUUAGGCUCGCUGGAUGUCAACUACUUUGGGAAGAUGGCGAGGAUUUCACAUGCAGGUUUGGCUCACAUGCAUCUGUGUUUAUUAAAAAUACAGAAACUCUCAAAGUAUGUGAAGCCUAAGGAGAGUUUGUGAAUCUAACACUGUUUUAAACAUCAUCUAUAACUAUAUAAAUGUGGUGAGCUCCAAAACACGAUGAAGAUGUUAUGCAUAUUAUGCAUAUUCCCUUGCGACAUGUACCAGUGUGCAUAUUUUAAGCUUGUAUGGUGUUUUCAUCUUUAUGUCACAAAUGUCUUUUUAUAAAGAGUAUAUAUUACAUUAUUAAAUUAC